UCCCAGUUUGAAGUGCUUACAGUAUAUACAGAGAGGAGGUGAGCACCUGUUGCAUCCAGCAGCAGAGUCCUGGCACAGCAGAUUUUGACUUAUUUAGGUCUGAAGUUUAACCGCAGAGGACCGCCACCAUGACUCCAGCUUUCCUCCUCCUCCUCAUCCUCUCAAUGGCAGCUGUAUGUCUGAGUGCAGCGAUCGAUGCUAAGAACCAAAUUGAUGAGUCUCCGGAUGUGUCAGAUGUCCUCAGGAAAGCCAAUGCCAACACAAAAUCACUUUUGCAGUACGAUGACAUUAUGCCAAGCAGACGCAGAAAUGCUUCCCCCUGCACGUCCGGAGGAUGCUUGUGGCCUAAAAGCAGUCGCUAUGUCUAUGUGCCCAUCCACAUCUCCUCAUCAUACUCCGCCGCAGAGCAUAGCAUAAUCGUCAACAGCCUGGUGACCUUCCACCGGUCCACCUGCAUUCGCUUCGUCUGGAAGAGAUGGUGGCAUCGUGAUUACCUCUCCUUCUACUCUGGAAAUGGAUGUUGGUCGUAUUUGGGCCUUAAUGGCGGGAAGCAGAGUGUUUCCCUGAUGAAGAACGGCUGUUUGUACCGGAGCACGGUCCAACACGAGGUCCUCCACGCUCUGGGCUACCACCACGAGCAGAACCGCUCUGACAGAGACAGCUACAUCCAGAUCCUCACCCAGAACGUUGAGCCAGGCAAAGAACACAACUUCAACAAGGUGCAGACCAACAACCUAGGGACUCCGUACGACUUCAACUCUGUCAUGCAUUACAGCAACACGGCCUUCUCCAAAAAUGGACAGCCCACCAUCAUCUCCAAGGCCAAUCCCAACCUCAUCUUUGGAAACGCCAGAGACAUGAGCACCAAUGACAUUGCCCGUGUCAACAAGCUUUACAAAUGCUAACUUGGUUGCAUGAAGGGGUCAUCCUCCAGAAACCUCAGCUCGUCAGCGUUACAACAGGGCCCGGAUCUGUUUAAAAACAAGAAUAAUUCUUUUCAAGCAGCAGAAAAUCUUUCACAUCUGUGUUUUCUGCUCAGAAUCUUCCAUCAAAGGACUGUUUGAUUUAACUAUAAAAAAAAAUCCUGCUGGACGAGGAUGGUAUUACAUCUUAACUGUUGGGGUCAGGAGGAAAAAAAAUUAUGAUUUUAGUAAAAUCAAUACUAGUGGAACAAACGGCGGGAACAAAUCAAAAGAUUAAGCUGCUGAUGUUUUCUUUUUCCCAAUUGGACAUGAUGGAGGAACUUGUUGUAAAGUUAUGCAGUCAUGAGUCCGAUUUCCCCUAUAAAUUCAAAUCAAUACACUAAAAAUGUCAUAUUUUGUUGUUAAAAAAUGUCAAAGUUUUACAUACGUAAAUAACAGACGGAACUACUUAAUAAGGAACAAUACCUGAAAACUAUGUUAACGUACAAGUGCACGCUUGUUGACUAUAUCAUUAAGUUAUUGUUGUACAUACAUUUUAUCUCCUUGUUUAUCCUUGAAAUGCUGUGUUUUUAGCAGAUUCUGUCAAAUAAUCAAUG